CGUUGCAUUUCAGAGCCGUGUUUUAUUGGGGAGAAUUAAGCUAGUUAGCUAACGGAUCAACCUGAAUGCACUCGCUCGCUCCAAAUCAAGAGUUUGAGAAGGAAUACAGUUCCACAGGCUGUGCUAUAUUCUGGCAGACUUUAAAUCCAGCAACACCUCUGAGCAGGUUUUCGCUGAACGCGGACAACGAUCUCCCCAGUGGAGAGUAUCUAGUUAGCACCGUUAGCCGCCCGGUAACUGGGGUUAGCUGUUAGCCGGCUAAUAACAUCAAGGCUCUGGAGCUGUCUGUAACCAGACAUUCUCCAAUAUGGAGUCCAGCGGCAUGAUUGAAGUCACUGUGAAGACUCUGGACUCCCAGAGCAGGAGCUACAAAGUCAGAGGCGAGCUGACAGUGAAGCAGUUCAAGGAGCAUAUAGCAGCAUCAGUGGAGAUCCCAGUGGACAAGCAGAGGCUCAUCUACCAGGGCAGAGUGCUGCAGGAUGACAGAACGCUGACUGAGUACAAUGUAGAUGGAAAGGUAAUCCACCUGGUGGAGCGGGCCCCCCCUCAGGGCACCAUGUCUGGUUCUGGAAGUGCAGGUGUUUCCAUGGGGGGGGUAGAGGGCGGGAGCAGUAGCAGCCAUGCCUCCACCUCCUCCCAGGGUUCACCACACGACCGCAAUGGCAACAGCUACGUGAUGCUGGGGACCUUCAACUUGCCGGUCAACAUCAUGGACCCUCAGCAGAUACAGUUGUCCGUUCAGCAGAUGAUGGCUGGAGUCGGUGAAGCUGGAAGGACUGCCAGAGUCAGCACCAGCUCCGGGAAGGCCCUUUGUAGUGCUGACUCCUCCUGUCCUCCGUUUAUCCUCAGUCACCCAAGUCCAGCAGAGUUUGUGGAGGUUCUGUCUGAGGUCAGGAGGGUGGAGGAGAGGUUACGUCCCUUCAUAGAGAGGACCCACUCCAUUCUCGGAGCAGCCACCUCAGCAGACUACAACAACAAUACCCAGGAAAGAGAGGAGGAUCAGCGCGUUCUCAACCUGGUCGGAGAUGCCCUGCGUCUCCUUGGCAACACCUUAGUUGUCCUCGGUGACCUGCGUUGUAACCUGGCGACCUCUCCUCCACGUCACCUGUAUGUAGUUCGCCCCAUGGCCCACUACACCCACCCGGUCCUGCUGCAGACUGGUCUACCACACAUGCCCAUUCCAGGCACACCUCUGGCUCCCUCCUCCCUCACCCAGAUGAUCAGUGGUCUGGUUGGACAGCUCCUGAUGCCGGGACAGCCAGGUGAUCCCAUGUCCAUGCCCUCUUCAAGCAGCUCUCAGUCCUCCUUCUCUACCUCUUCUUCGUCUGAUUCCUCCUCCACCGCGUCUCCUCCCCCUUCCUCUGCCAGGACCUCCGGACAGACAUCCACCCGCACCACCAGCACUACCUCCGUGGGCCAGCCAGCAGAGGGUGGCCCUGAGGGGAAUCUGGCACAGCUCCUGGGCUCUCUGCUGGGAGGAGUGGCUGGGCCGGGGGGUCCCGGUUCUGUACCAGCUCCCUCCAUCACUGUGACACUGCCGGGGGUGCCUGGCUUCUUCCAGGGCAUGUCAGACUUCACACCGCCGCCUGUCAGUGGCACUGGUGCUCCGGUCCCGCCUCAGUCCACCAGUCCUGCCCCAUCCCAGGCCGGCAGCGGGGCAAGCGGGGACUCUCUGAGCCCGGAGCUGUUCACCGGCAUCGUGCAGGGAGUGCUGUCCACCAUGAUGAGCUCUCUGGGUGCGCAGCAGGGCAACGGAGAGAGCAUCGCCCAGUUCAUCCAGAGACUGUCCCAGACCAGCAACUUGUUCACUCCUGGCUCUGGAGAUGCUGUGGGGUUCUUCGGUGACCUGCUGUCUUUGGUGUGCCAGAGCUUCUCCAUGGUGGACAUGGUGCUGUUGCUUCACGGGAAUGCCCAGCCUCUGAGCCGCAUCCAGCCCCAGCUCACCAACUUCUUCACGGAACACUACCUCCAAGGCAGAGAGCCCACUGAUGCUAACAUAGCUACAGCAGCUGAGGACCUCAUCAACGGGCUGGAGGAGUACAUAGCUGAGAGCUUUGCCACAGUGACAGUGCGAGAGGGAGUAGACAUCGUUCAGACCAACCUGUCUUUCCUCAGACAGCAGUUCACACAGAUGGCCUCUCACAUCCUGCGCUGCAACGAUCACACGUUUGGCCCCCGUCUGCUGCUGCUGUGCACUCAGGGCCUGUUUGAGUGUCUGGCUCUAAACCUGUACUGCCUUGGAGGAGAACAGAGGGCUCUGACUGCAGUCAUCAACCACCGUAUUGUUAGUAUACAUCAUUCAGAACCACAGCAUUAUGCUUUACUCAUAUAAGUCUACAGCUUACAG